UCGAUUGCAACAGACAGUGUAGUGUGGAGGUUCUCCAGUGCAGGACAUCGUGGGCGAUCCUUCUGAAAAGAAGUGCAACGCGAAGGAUAACGACAGUGAAAAUAUUAUUAUUCUGUGCCUGUGUCACCGACAUGUAAUUUGUUUGUAUGGCAGGACUACGGAAGGACCUCAGCUUUGUACUUGUGAUUUUUUGGUUGUUGGUGUGUACAUUUGGCACAUCGUCUCCUGGUUAUUGUCUCGGCGACACGAUUGAUGCUGACGGCGAGGUGCUGAUUGAGGAGGAAGAGGAUACCAUGACUAUAUCUGCCACCGGGCCGCUUUCAGCUGGCUUGUCACACGGGGCUAAAGUUGAAGCUGCCAGAACACGUUUCACGUCUCUAGACACUAAUCAGGAUGGAAAAUUGGACAUCACUGAACUUAAAGAUGCACAUGCAUCUAUUGUCACCGAUGAGGCUAGACGUAGACUACUAUUGAUCUUGGAUCGUGACGGCAAUGGCUACGUUACAGAGGAGGAGAUGGUAGCGGCAGCUACGGCCGAGAAGACCCGUGACUCCAACCAGUGGCCAUCUGCAGACGUCAUCGCUGCAUUGACCAGUGCCAGUGUGAUUGCUGCCGCUGGGGCGUUUCUAUGCGUUCGACAUCGAAUGGCUGCUGCGCCCCGCGUGCCAAACGCUGACGAUGUUCGCUCCACCAGGCUUGAACGACUCGCGAGACUGUCAAACUCAUCCGCUGGUACUGAUCCUCACCGCAGAAACGAUGACAACGAUGAUCCAUCGUCAAGCGGCAACACAACGUCCGCAGGCUCAGCCGGUGGCCAGAGGCACGCGGGUAUGCAAGUGACACCCGCGGGCGAUAGCCACGUGCCAGGGAUCGUCCAAACAGCUGACGGCAAGUCCGGUAAGGAUUCCUCCGCGUCAUCCGGCAACGGCACUGGUAGCGGCUCGUCAACUACAGCCUCCAGCACAGCCACAGGUAGCAGCGGCAGCAGUAGCAGUGGCACUACAUUGAGCAGCGGUGUGAGCUCCGGAGGUAGUGGCGGCAACGAUGACGAUGACAACAACCGGCGCAACCUUCCACGCCGCACCUCCGGCACGACCGUUCUCUUUCAAGACACGCCGCAGGAGGAGGACGAUGACGGCGAGGGUGGUGUCGAAGUGGAAGGAUGCGAUGCCGGGAAACGUGAAAGGAUGCAGAUCGAAGGUCAGGGAAGCCAGGAUGAUGCAGCGCCCUGUGAAGCUGGGGAGCCAGCUGCUAAGCGUCCUAAGGGUCCACCCAUCGAUGUCCGUGCAAAGCGCCUGGCCAGAUUCCAAGCGCAAGCGUCGGACUCCGGCGCCACUCAAGCCGUGCCAACAACGCCGACCACGCCAACGGAAAAGUCGCGUGAGAACCCGCUCGCCAGCAGCACGGGUGCAACUAUGAUGGCGUCGCAGGGCGCGGUGAGCAAGUCGUCUGCUUCCCCGGUUACACCGCGCACUGUGCAGCCAGUUGCAGCUGCAGCUGACGGGUCACAGCCGUCAGCCACAAGGAAGACAAGUCAACCGGCAGCAAAGGCGGCAGCGGUCAAGCUAUCACCAGAAGAUGCCGCUGGACAAUUACUUUCGUCAAUACUAGACGUAAAUUUGACUAUAACGGGCGGUGGAACCUACCCGUGCGCCAAUUCUUCUUGCUCGCUGACGUUCAAUGCUGCAGCAUUUCCCUCCGCAGUUGACGACAGUACAAAGAAAGUAAGAGGGAUCUUUCAACGGCGUCUCGGCAGAGAGUUGGACACUGCCCGCUUUUGCAUGGCUUGUUAUGCACGGGCUGAGAGAACAGAAGGAAGCUUGGCUGCGAUGGCCCCUGACAGCACAGGUGUAUCGGCGUCAGAUCUACUGCAAAAGAAACUCGUAGAAGACAUCCUGGACAUCUCGGCCACGUCCUUCUUAGAGCAGCUUAUUGAAACCGGCAAGACAGACAAGUCCGGGGAUCUAUGGUCCAGCUUCUCACGGCAAAGCGAUAGUCAGAGUCCGUUUUGCCAGCUACUGAUGCGCUUCUCUCGCUUUGUCAGCGAUGGCUUCAUCGUGUCGCCCACCUGUCUGGACAGGCUGAUGAAGAUGACAGCAGAGUCGCAGCCAGCCCAGGAGACGUUUAUGCAGCUGAUCCGUGCGGCUGGAGAUGCCACCAUGUCAGUCGGUCGCUUUGACGAGUUGGCUCUUCGCUUCAACAUGUACAACGAUGCGUUGCAAGUUCUCCUGGGAAGUCCUGUAAUACAGAAAGUCUUGACGGAGACGCUGGGCAAGGAACUAACAAGAUGUGACAAGGGCAGCUACUUCCAGUCGCAAAGUACACUAGCCGGUCUGCUCAACAUCAGUACGCUGCGCUUCCCGUUCGCAACCAACUCGCCGCUUCACCGUUGCUAUGGCGAGCUGAAGGGAUUUCCCCAGCCGCACGAUGACACUGUGUCUACACUGAACUAUCAGAUCCAGGGUGCUGUCCAGGGUGGCCAGAGUCUUGUGCACUCAGUGCUGUUUAAGAUUAUCAAGCAGGCGCAACCCAGAGAUACCGUUCUAUCCUGGCUCUCCGGUGUUCUGUGCAUGAAUCACCUGCGUACCGCAGCUCAGUUCAAGGGCCAACAGCCGGACACGCUCACUGCGUCUGAUGGGUUCAUGCUCAAUGUCUGCUCGGUGAUGUUACGCCUGUGCCAGCCGAUCUUCACAACCAUCGAAACGGAUCGUCUGAGGAAGAUUGAUCCCAGCUACACGUCACGGCCCUGGUGUCGUCUGGAUCUCCACGAUGAGCCUUGCCUGGCACGGGGACGCAUUGAUGCCAAGGAUCGUCUGAAAGCAGGCACUGAGAGGUUUGCUAUGCCAGCCCUGUAUCAAGGCUCGGCGAAUUUCCUGACAGAAUGUUUUCACAUGACCCAGCUAGCUCUUUAUGUCGGUGUCAUGCCAACCAUCCGUCGCUUCAACUCCGUCUUGCAUGACUUAGCCCGCGCUCAGCAGAGCAAGACUGGCAAGGAACGGGAGGAUCUCAAGACUUACUCUGCAUUGUUCUACUUGAGUUGGUCCACGUGUCUGCUGGAUCCGGUGUUGGUGCGCCAGAUCAGCGAGUUCUACGUCACACAGGCGGUGUGGAUCAACAUGCUGCUGGUUAAUGCUGCCCAGGAGGGUGGCAGCGAGGAGGAAAUACAUGAGCGGCAGCGUAACGUCUGCUCCAACAUUCUUGAGUUCUCUAUCAAGGCCAUGACCUCAUGGUUUUCCUUUGUUGUUCAGCACAAACCUUCAUUGCUUACUGGUCUCUCCAUGACGGCGUUGGUAGAUUGCUGUGUCCUGUUGCUGGAGAGACCCGACCUGCUGCCCAGCCCUCUAGCCCAGACACGUAUUGUUGAGCUGCUACUGGUCUUCCUGGAGACGUCGAACCGAGCCUCACAGCACCGGCCUGGACACGGCUGGGGUAGCGGUGUCCACACCGAGCUGGCUAGUAUUGUACACACCAGUCCAACCGUACAGACACAGUUAGGGCCGGCUCUGCUUCACACGUACGCUGCCGUCGAUCUUGUCGAAGGUCUCGACGUCGACAAAGAAGACUUUGAUAAGUUUGGAGCACGUGCUCAUAUCCAGAAGCUGCUGAAGCACAUGUGGUCCAGGAACGAUUGUCGCAGUUCAGUUAUUGCCCAGGUUGGCACACCUCGCUUUGAGCGCUUUCUAAAUGCCACCUUGGACACACUUCUGUAUCAGAUGAAUGAUGCGCUGCGCCGUGUUGCCAAUGUGCGUCAAAUACAACUAGCUAAGGAUGAUGAGAAGGCAUGGAAAGCCCUGUCUUCCAAGGAACGCCGAGAGAAGGAGGGGUUCCUGCGUAGUGAGGAGAGUGUCGGCAGUGGCUUCAUGAAGAUGGCCGUGAAGACGCUGAGCCUUCUGGAGCAGAUGGUCGAGGAGCCAACCGUAGCGAGACUCUUCUGGAAAGCCCCGCUGAGCGUCCGUGCAUCUGCUGCGAUUGUGGAGUUCAUUGAUUCCCUUUGCGGCGGUCACAGGAUGGACCUGAAGGUCAAGGAUCUGGAAAAGAUGAACUUCAAUCCACGUCAACUUGUCUUGACCAUCGUGUCGCUGGCCCUGCGGAUGGCCGGCUUACUUGAGAGCAGCGGUAGUUCGAUGGCCAGCCUCAUGUCAUCACUCUCCACGCCUGCUGCUGCAUCGCUGCCAGCAGCUGGUCAGAUCAGCAGUGGAGCAAGCCUUUCCUCGCCGGACCUAGACGAGACAAGUCAGAGCAGUACUGACAGCAUUGCUAGUACCGGUACUGCUGCUGCUGCUGCCGCCGCCGCUUUGUCUGCGUCCAGCGAGGAUUGCAACGGCUUCAUUACAGCCCUUGCCGAGCAUCCGGAUUACUCCGACGCCACCAUGGUGCAGGCCGGGCAUAUCCUGCACCAGUGCCCAGGUGCUUCGGAGCUUCACAUCAAGGCCUUCCAAUCUCUGAUGGACAAGGUGAAAAACUUGAUGACGUCAUUAUCAGCUGACGGUCUUCCGCUGGGCGACCUGACAGUUGAGUCUGAGGAUGCAGCUGACGGUGGUGAUGGCACUGCAGCUGUAUCUACAGCCGCCUGGCAGGACCUAGCUGAGGCGGUCGAUCUCUGCAUUGACGGUGUCGCUGAUCUUUACGUGGAGGCCCUGCGUGAUUCGGUCGUCGACACUACCGAGGAACUGGCGGAUGAUCACGCUAUGCAAAGUCAGUUUGCAGAUCAGCCACUGGAUCCACGCUCGCCGAAAGUGCACGCUCUGAUGAAGGAGGUGAUGAAGCUGCCCACCAGUUUGCCUCUGCACCCUGGCUCAUCGAUCUUCCUGCGCCAAGAUGAGGAUCGGCUUGACGUGAUCCGUGCAGUGAUUACUGGUCCUAUGGACACGCCGUAUAGCCUUGGCUGCUUUGCGUUUGACAUCUACUGUCCGGCAUCCUAUCCUACCAAUCCACCCCUGGUCAAGCUGAUCACCACGGGCAGUGGAACUGUCAGGUUCAACCCCAAUCUAUAUGCAGAUGGAAAGGUCUGUCUCAGUUUGCUGGGUACCUGGCACGGUGGAGAUGCCAGUGAGAAAUGGGACCCGAAAACGUCGUCCAUCUAUCAGGUCUUGUUGUCUAUCCAGGGCAUGAUCUUGAUCCCGGAUCCCAUGUACAACGAGCCUGGCUAUGAGCGGAUGCGGGGAACCACGGAAGGAAACGAGCGUAGCACCAAGUACAAUGCUAGUUUACGUCUAUCCACAGUGCGCCAUGCUAUGCUGGGCAUGCUACGUAAACCACCCAUUGGAUUUGAAGACAUCAUCGCUGUGCACUUCACCAUUCAGAAGGAUGUGAUAUUACGCCAGCUGUCGCGCUGGCUACGCGAGUGUCAGUCCCCUGGUGAGGAACAGAAACUGCGCCGAGCCGUUGAUGAGUUCAGGGCUGAGCUGGAGAAGGUCUGAGACUGAGAGGCUGCGCGUGUGACAUCUUCUGCACUGCACCUCGCCAUGAAGGUAGCGAUGUCAUCGCUGUAAUGACGUACCAAUCUGUCUCUUUCUCUUCGGUGUCUUAUGCUGCGCUUGCCGUUGUUUGUGCUUGCCGUUGUUUGUGUUUGCCGUUGUUUGUGCUUGCCGUUGUUUGUGCUUGCCGUUGUUUGUGCUUGCCGUUGUUUGUCGCCCCCCCCCCCCCCCCCCCCGUGCUGCCUCUUAGCAGCAUGUCCUCUGCCGCGUCCUGUACCCUCUACCGCCAAGUCUUGUACCCUCUGCCGCCAAGUCUUGUAUCCUCUGCCGCCAAGUCUUGUACCCUCUGCCGCCAAGUCUUGUACCCUCUGCCGCCAAGUCUUGUACCCUCUGCCGCCAAGUCCGUGAUUAUCUACUAUUAUACUUUACUUUCCCUUUCCGUGCGAUUCUUUCCUCUUUCCUCCUUCGCCGUUCGCAAUAACAUGUCUCGUCGCUUCUUUUUGAUGCGUGUGUAGGUGGGUGCGUACAUGGGUGUGUAUAGCAUUCCCCUAUCAGUCUACCCUAUUUUCUGUUGAGUGUGCUGUUGCGUUUCCCCGCUCGGUUCUUUGCGCUCUCACGCUCGCCCGUCUUGUCGCGCAUGCAGCAGUGUAGUUAUCUGCUUACUGCAAUACGUGACUGCUGUCUGUUGUAAUGGAACUUCACAACACAGCUGUUUUGCCGGCUGCUGCCCCGCUUCCUGAGCACGUUCACCCGACGCCAUGGCCGUUGCUACUUCAGAAGUACACGUGCAGCCUAUUCCUGAUCUAUUCCGAUCUAUUCUGUUCAUUUUAUUUUUAUGAUCUGGCAGCUACUGGUAUGGAACUUGCCCACUAGGGAGUCGUAAAAUACCGGUAUUUUACGACUCCCUGUUGCCCACGUACGCAUGUAGAGUCUUGCUUGCUUGCCCUCGUGCUCAAUUUUAACCUCGCUAUCCAGCACCUUCCAGUUGUUUGAUUCCAUUGUCUUGCUCCAUCAGUCACACAACGUCACACGUGUACAGCUUGUCUUGCUACAUUCUGACUGCACAGCGUCAGGCGCACAUGUCUGUUGUACAGUGCAAUGCUUCCAUGGUUCCAUGGUUUAAAAGCUGAAGAUGUGUUUUAAAAGUCUGA